AUGGGGAUAAAAACGGCAGCGUCUGGGGCCAAGGGCCGCGGAGGGAGGGAAGGAUCCCGAGCCCUCCACCGCAUCCCGAACCCCCUGCCGCAUCCCGGCGUUCCCGGCGCCCGUGUGAAGAAGGCGCUUUGCGUGCUCAUCCAGCACAACCUGGUGACCUACCAGGCGCAGAAGCGCGGCGGCGUGGAGUACGAGGCGCAGUGCCCGCGCGUGCUGCGGAUCCUGCGCUACCCGCGCUACAUCUACACCGCCAAGGCGCUCUACGGCGACACGGGCGAGCUCGUCGUGGAGGAGCUGCUGCUCAACGGCAAGAUGACCAUGAGCGCCGUGGUGAGGAAGGUCGCCGACCGGCUCACGGAGACCAUGGAAGAGAAGGAGGUGCCCAAAGAGGCUCUAAGCGCCCGCUCCGAGCGGCUCCCGGGGCAGCGCGGCGCUCGCGAGCCCGCGGGGCCGCCCGCGGCGUCGCCCGCGCUGGUGCUCAGCGAGAAGGACAUGUACGCGGUGCCCCGGCUGAGCCUCGCAGGUGAGACCCUCCCGCGCGGGGCCCGCGGGAGCCGCGCGCCCGGCCGCGCGUUCCAACCCAGCGCCGCCUUCGGGAAAACAGGGAGAGGGAAGCGGACGCGGUCGUGCGACGAGGACGAGGCCCCGGAGCACAAGGCUAAAAAGCAGAAGCGAGACGGAGACGGUGCCGAGACGCCCCCGCCCGACGACGGCAUUUACUGGCAAGUCAACAUCGACCGGUUCCACCAGCACUUCCGAGACCAGGGAAUAGUGAGCGCCGUGGCCAACCGCAUGGACCAGACGAGCAGCGAGAUCGUGCGGACGAUGCUGCGCAUGAGCGAGGUGACCACGUCGUCGAGCGCCCCGCACACGCAGCCGCUCUCCUCCAACGAGAUAUUCCGAUCUCUUCCCGCCGGAUACAACAUCGUGAAGCAGGUUCUGGAUCAGUAUCUCACGCUGCUGGCAGAUGACCCACUGGAGUUCGUGGGUAAAUCUGGGGACAGCGGUGGGGGAAUGUACACGGUCAAUCUUCACAAGGCUCUUGCGUCCCUGGCAACGGCGACCCUGGAAUCCAUCGUGGAGGAAAGGUUUGGCUCCCGCUGUGCCAGGAUAUUUCGCUUGCUGCUGCGGAAGAAGCAUCUGGAGCAGAAGCAAGUGGAGGACUUUGCCAUGAUCCCGGCCAAGGAGGCCAAGGACAUGCUGUACAAAAUGCUCUCCGAGAACCUGGUGUCCCUGCAGGAGAUUCCCAAGACUCCGGACCACGCGCCGUCCCGGACCUUCUACCUCUACACCGUGAACGUCCUGUCCGCGGCGCGGAUGCUGCUGCACAGGUGCUACAAGCCGAGCGGCGCGCGCAGCAGCUUCACGGCUUUAUUGCAUCCAAACAGUGACCGCGGUUACAAGAAAACCAAGAAAAGUGCUAAAAUCUGCUACGGGUGA